CUCUCCCUCUCCGAUCUGAAGUCCCCUUCGAGAUUUUUCCUUUCAGAUCAUGAACAAACUAUAUAUUGGGAAUUUAAGUCCUUCGGUCACUGUCGAGGACUUGCAGCGGCUCUUUAGGGAGAAGAAGCUGCCAGCGCCCGAGCAGAUCCUGCUCAAAUCCGGCUAUGCUUUUGUGGACUUCCCCGACCAGAACUCGGCCAUAAAGGCUAUAGAGAUUCUUUCUGGUAAAGUUGAAUUACACGGAAAGGUGAUACAGGUAGACUACUCUGUACCCAAAAAACUAAGGAGUCGGAAGAUCCAGAUCCGGAACAUUCCCCCUCAUCUACAGUGGGAGGUUUUGGACAGCCUUCUAGCUCAGUAUGGUACUGUAGAAAAUGUGGAACAAGUGAACACUGACACAGAAACGGCGGUGGUGAAUGUUACGUACUCAAACAAGGAGGACACUAAAGUAGCCAUUGAGAAGUUAACAGGACACCAGUUCGAUAACUACUCCUUCAAGGUGUCGUAUAUCGCAGACAUGGACGCUGCUCCACCUGACCAACCUCCUCGCUCACGGCGUGUGGGUCGGUCAUCCCGGGACCACGGCCCCCCUCAGCCCGGGCCCUCUGGAGAGUUUUGCCCACGUAGCAAACAACUUGAACUCCCCCUGCGCAUGCUCGUGCCUAACCAGUACGUGGGAGCCAUCAUCGGCAAGGACGGCUCCACCAUCAAGAAUGUCACCAAAAUGACGCAGUCCAAGGUGAACAUUCAUCGGAAGGAAAAUGCAGGUGCAGCAGAAAAGCCCAUCACCAUCCACUCAACCCCUGAGGGCUGCUCCUCAGCCUGUCGCAUGAUCAUGGACAUCAUGCAGAAGGAAGCCAACGAGACCAAGGCGACGGAUGAAAUCUGUUUAAAGAUCCUCGCUAACAACUGCUUGGUGGGCCGGCUGAUCGGGAAGGAGGGCAAAAACCUCAAGAAGAUCGAGGAGGAGACAGGGACCAAGAUUACCAUCUCCUCGUUACAAGACUUAACCAUUUACAACCCUGAGAGGACCAUCACCAUUAAGGGCAGCUUGGAGGCGUGUUGUAAAGCCGAGGCGGAGAUCAUGAAGAAACUGAGGGAAGCCUACGAGAACGACUGUGCUGCUAUAAAUCAACAGGCCAACCUGAUCCCGGGCCUGAACCUGAACGCUCUGGGCAUCUUCUCCUCUGGUCUGCCGGUGCUGCCCCCAGCUGCUGGACCACGGGGUGCAGUGCCCCCUAUGGCACCAGCAGGUUACAACCCUUUCUUUAGUCACUCUCCACAUCUCAGCGGCCUGUACGGGGUUCCUCCAGCAAGUGCCAUCGCCCACCAGCACUCAGCUCAAGAACAGGAGGUUGUCUACCUCUUUAUUCCAACUCAGGCAGUCGGGGCCCUGAUCGGCAAGAAGGGCCAGCACAUCAAACAACUCGCCCACUUCGCCGGAGCCUCCAUCAAGAUUGCUCCAGCUGAGAGCCCAGAUGUGACCAUGAGGAUGGUUAUUGUUACUGGAACCCCAGAGGCUCAGUUUAAGGCCCAGGGUCGGAUAUUUGGGAAGCUGAAAGAAGAGAACUUCUUCUCAGGGAAGGAGGAGGUCAAACUGGAGACACACAUCAAGGUUCCCUCGUGCGCAGCUGGCAGGGUCAUCGGUAAAGGAGGCAAGACGGUAAAUGAGCUACAGAACCUUACAAGUGCGGAGGUCAUCGUACCGCGGGACCAAACUCCGGACGAGAACGACGAGGUCUUUGUGAAAAUCAGUGGGCAUUUCUUUGCCAGCCAGACUGCACAGAGGAAGAUCCGGGAGAUCAUUCAGCAGGUCAAACAGCAGGAACAGAAGCACCAGCAGGGCGCCGCCGUGUCACCGCACCACUCCAAGUGACCAGUGGGGCGGCUCCAGCGGGCACCAGCCAAUGAAUGUAGCCCUCCCAAAUGGACAGAGACCUACCCAGACAAAAAGGCCAAGGCCAAGAGGGGACAUGCAGGGCAGACCAGCAGCACCGGGAUCAAAACCAAAGAACUUCACACGGGGGGGAAACAAGUGAGAGCCAAAGGCUGAGGGCAUUGUGUGCACUGCCAGCCCUGUGAGAGCAGAUGAAACGGGGGAAACCGUACAGAUAGGAUAUAAGAAAAAGACCAAAAAAAUGUUAAAGAAAGGUGGAAAAUGGCAGAACAUUUGGGAACUGUUGUCUUCACAGUUAAAGAAGGUUAAAUGGAAGUAGUAUGUUGCCCUGCAUAACGUUAUCUCUUUAGUUGGACUAACAUAGGCCUAACAAACAGAUAAAGAGACUGUAUUAACACGAGCGUAUACGAGGCAUUGGGAUUGAGAUUUUGGCUUAGAAUGAGAGCGAGUGACAAUGGACACCUUCUCUCACCGCAGUGUGAGAUAUUAAGAUUGCAAGAUUAAAUAUCAUUAGCAGUAUUAAUACAGAGUAGAGAGAGUAUAUUAAUACACACUGAGAGUAUGCACUGUUAUUUUUCUAUCUAAAUGACAGUCCCACUUGGUGUACCUUUUGAAUAUUUUGCUUGUUCCAGAGAUUGAUCGGCUGCUGCAGCCGUUAAAGCGGUUUCCUUUUGUUUGUUCACAUUAUAGGCCACUGAAAUCAACAAGAAAAAAGCCCUAUCAGUAAAUAUGGUGAAUGAGUCUUUGUAAGAAGCCUGUGUGUGUGCCAACGCAAAAGAUAACGUCCCUUUGAAACAUCUCUCACCCUUCAUACCUGUUGCUGCUCGUAUUUCUUUCUUUUCUGCUUCACUUUCUCAUCACUCUCUCUCAUCUGGCUUCAUGCUUGUUUUAAUAGGAUGAAAAUAUUGUUUUGUUUUUUUUUUCUGUAGCCUUUUGACAACAUGGAACUGACUGCCACUUUCGCUCAGCAGAGGUUAAACGCAGCAGAGGGAUGAGUUUUUAUCAGUAAUCUGAUACGACUGUCCCGCUGUACAGUAAAGUCUAUCUACAUUCAUACUUGUCCUGAUGUUAAAAAACAACGACGAUCAGAGCCAAAAUUUGAAAAUUGGUGCACCUUUGCUCGUGAGCCGUCGUCUUGAAUGUGCA